AUGGACACUGCUCUGCUGCUGAACGUGGAAGGGGUCAAGAAAACCAUUCUUCACGGGGGCACAGGGCAGCUCCCAAACUUCAUCACUGGGUCCCGAGUGACCUUUCACUUCCGCACCACGAAAUGCGACGAGGAGCGGACGGUGAUCGACGACAGCAAGCAAGUGGGCCACCCCAUGCACAUCAUCAUCGGGAACAUGUUCAAGCUGGAGGUCUGGGAAACCCUGCUGUCGUCCAUGCGGAUCAACGAGGUGGCCGAGUUCUGGUGCGACACCAUCCACACAGGGGUCUACCCCAUCCUGUCCCGGAGCCUGCGGCAGGUGGCCCAGGGCAAGGACCCCACGGACUGGCACGUGCACACGUGCGGGCUGGCCAACAUGUUCGCCUACCACACGCUGGGCUACGCGGACCUGGACGAGCUGCAGAAGGAGCCACAGCCGCUCAUCUUCGUGAUUGAGCUGCUGCAGGUCGAGGCCCCCAACGAGUACCAGAGGGAGACCUGGAACCUGAACAACAGCGAGAAGAUGAAAGCCGUGCCCAUCCUCCAUGGAGAAGGGAACCGGCUCUUCAAGCUGGGCCGCUAUGACGAGGCCUCCACCAAGUACCAGGAGGCUGUCGUCUGCCUGCGGAACCUGCAGACCAAGGAGAAGCCCUGGGAGGUGCAGUGGCUGAAGCUGGAGAAGAUGAUCAACACCCUGAUCCUCAACUACUGCCAGUGCCUGCUGAAGAAGGAGGAGUACUACGAGGUGCUGGAGCACACCAGCGACAUCCUCCGGCAACACCCAGGCAUCGUCAAGGCCUACUACGUGCGCGCCCGGGCCCACGCGGAGGUGUGGAAUGAGGCGGAGGCCAAGGCGGACCUGGAGAAGGUGCUGGAGCUGGAGCCGUCCAUGCGGAAGGCCGUGCUCAGGGAGCUGAGGCUGCUGGAGAGUCGCAUGGCGGAGAAGCAGGAGGAGGAGCUGCUGCGCAACCUCUGCGCCCACCUUGGCCAUGCCCCAAGCCCUGGCCUCACGUUUGCCAUCUGGAGCCCCGCCCAGGUGCCCUCUGGAUUCUGGCAGAACCCCACGCCCUGGCUGCAGGGGAGAGUGGAUUUCCAGCAGCUUCGUAGGUUAGCCGUUCCUUUCAGCGUGGGAGUGAGGGACGCGCAGCCUCGGGGAGCCCGCUGUAUAUUUCACAUCAACGUGGACAACGCGACCUUUCCUGGGGUCUUGCUCUUCAGCCCCCUACAAGGCAAGUGGAAUUUCAUCGGAGUAAUCAAAUUCAUCAGUAAGAAUGUCCUCCCAUCAAAGCCACGCUCGUUCUCACAGCAGCUGGAGCCAAUGGUUCGAAAGAGAACUGGAGCCUGCUGCUCCUCCUUCCAGAAUGAGGGGCUCGCCCUGCGCCUGCUCCAGUACAACCUCAUCUCAACUAAUGGCAGCAGCCAACGCUACUUCCAAGUCCUGCACCCAGGGUCUAAUGACUUGGCCUACAUCUCACAGUGGCCCAAGCAAGACUCAAACCUCUGCUUUUCUGACACCAGACGAGAUGUCUUCGACUCUGUGCUGCUUCCGAAGAGUGACUUUAAGCGGAAAAAUGACUGGGACGUAUUUGCACUGUAUGAAGAUCUCUGGGAAUUCUGGUGCCCAAGCCACUAG